AUGCCGUGCGUGCGCCAAAAAGCAUCAUCACCACAGUCAUACGAAUCGAGAGGCACACAGAAUGCCGAGCACCACCUCUGGAAGUCUCACGGCUACUGGGAUCCGUCAGGACGACGACGAACGCCACUGCAGACGCAAGAGGGAAGGAAAGCCUUCGCAUCGAUCACAGACCUCAUGGGCCUCAAACGUUCGGAGCCUAACGACCAAGCCCUGGCGAACAACCUAAUCCGACGAUUCGAUCAAGCCGAGUUCCAGAAGCUGGUGGUGAACUGGAUAGUAGAGAGCCAGCAGUCAUUCAGGCAGGUCGAGCAUCCACGUCUGCGACAAAUAUUCGAAUAUCUGAAUCCUGCCGUACGUAUCAAGGAUGCGCAUGUUACUGCUAAGACUAUCCAGAGCCUGGCUAUUCAGCAGUUCGAGCGCCAUCGCGAUGCCGUUCAGCAUGCUUUAAGGAGGUCUCCGGGCCAGAUACAUAUCGCUUUCGAUGGCGCGAGGACUAGAAACCGUCACGCAUUAUACGGCGUGACGGCUGUCUUCCGGGAUGAGGACAACCAACUCCGAAAGCUUGUCCUGGGCAUUCCGGAGCUGGUGGAACGACACUCCGGCGAGAAUAUCGCAGCUGAGAUCCUUGACAUCAUUCGCUCCUUCGGCAUCGAGGACAAAGUGGGUUACUUCACCCUCGACAAUGCAGCGAACAACGACACGGCGAUGCGCGAGAUCGCGCAUGAGCUGCACUUCGAUCCGGUGCGACGGCGCGUUCGAUGCGUUGGCCACAUUCUCAAUCUCGUCGUCAAGUCCCUUCUGUUCGGAAAAGAUGUCGAGGCGUUUGAGGACACCGUCGCCAAGGGCGAAGCAUUGGCAAGGGCAGCGCACGACACGUGGAUGCGGAGAGGCCCCGUCGGCAAAGCUCACAAUUUCGCCGUUUGGGUCCAUCGGUCGGACGUGCUGACGCAAUUGCUUCGCCAAAUCCAACAAGACUCGUAUGCGGCAGCUGACGACGGCGAGAUUGGAAAGCAACGGCCAGUCGACGUGGUCAUUGACAACGAUACCAGAUGGCUAUCCCAAUAUUACAUGAUCAAACGACUGUUGCGGCUACAGCCUUUUUACGAAGAGUUUAUUGCCAAAGCGAAGAGAACUUUCCGAGAUGGCCGAAGGGGAGAGGCAGGCCGGCGGUUUCCUCCUUGCCUCGAAGAGUCAAGUUUCCUCACUGAAAAUGAUUGGGCAGUGCUCAGGACUUUUGAUGAGAUCCUUUCGGACUUCCACGUGGUUCCUCCGGCCUAUCAUCGAGGUACCUCGCUCGAGCGCCCAACCUAUUGUCUCCCCUACCAGUCUCAAGCUCGAGGCCAAUUUGCGGACCAGCCGACAGCUCAGAACGCGGAAGUUCUUCGCUCUACCUACAAGCCUUUGGCUAAGAACUUUAGACUUUAUGCGCACAAAAAGGUUGACGUCAAACAUAUGAUAUCACGAUUAGAGAAGCAUGGUCUACAUAACACCUAG